UGCUAUCGAAUUAAAACUGUCAUUUUGGCAACUGACAUUCCAAUCUUCCCCAAUAAAAAAUCUAAAUGUUUUUUUAAGUGAUUCAAUGAACGUGAAACCACUCUGUCUUUUUCUAUUGCAAUUUCUUAUCGUGUAUUGUGCCCCUGACGGCGAACGCUCCAAAGAAGGCACUUGUGGUAAAAAUGUGUCCCCUCAGAAGGCCACCAACAUAGCUCAGAAGGCCGCUCAGGAGGCCAAAGCGGCCGAAGACGCCCAACAGCAAGCCGGCCAACAAGCCGCCCACCAGGUCAAAGAGCAGCUCGCCGAAAAGGCCAUGGAGGCGUCGAAAGCCGCCGAAGCUGCGCUUGCAGGAAAGCAGGAACUUGUGGAGCAGCUGCACAAGGAGAUCCAGGAGGCUGAAAUUGUGGUUCAGGAGGAGCAGGCCAGUUUGCAGCAGUUGCAAGGCACGGCUCAGGCCUCGUCCAAAGCCCUGCAGGAGGCUCAGGCUGAGGUGAAGUUGCUGACAACUGCGUUGCAACUGGCGCAGGGGAAUGAGGGGAAUGAGGCGCAGACGCAGGAUGGGGUGCAACAGCAGUUGAGCGAGAAGGAGCAGUUGAUGGAUGCGGCGACGACGAGGUUGGAGCAGUUGAAGAAGCAGUUGCAAGUUGCCAAAGCUGAGUUGAAUAGCACCAAGGAGGCGGCGAGGAAGGCGGCGUCGGCCGCCAAUGAGGCCAAACAGAAUGUUAUGAGGAAUAGGAGGAAGAUCUAUAGGAAAAAUGCGGAAAUAAGGAAGAAAUAGUGGACUGUAUUUAUUAUUUCUAUUCUAUUUUAUUAAACGAUUUUUGUUUAUUUUAUUAUGCAACUUGUUUUUGAUUCGGAAAUUGUUACUAAAGUGGAAAUAAACGAAAAUUUCAAAUUUA